CGAUACGUCGUGCAUUUACUCACGAUCAUUCAGUCUGUUAAAAGUUUUUGUCGUUAUAAUUACGUUCUUUAAGUUUUUAACUCGCAGGAUCAUCUUCAUUGAUACUUUUUGUUAUCGUUUUUCGGUGUAAAAAAAAAAAGGGAAAAGAAAAAAUUAAUCAGGAUUUAUUAUAGUUGGAUAUAUUGAUCGAAUAUGCGCAGUAUCUGAUCGAGGACAUUCUAACAUGUUUCAUCUCUAACCAAUAUUGCCAAUGGUAUCUGUAUUAGCUGGUAUGUCACGUAACCGUUAGAUGACGCCUCUGGUCUGGUGGGUGUUGCUGGCGAUGCUCUUCGGCCACGCCAGGAUCGUCCCGGCAAGGACUUAUAUUUUCGAUAACGCAUGCGUAGUUUUCUGCCGCGCGGAGAACCUCUCAGUGAACGAGGACGAGGUCCACGUUAUUUCUCAGUUAGUCGAGGAAGGCCGUCGUGGCCGUGAAGUGGACGACCUCUUAAACAAGCUUUGUCUUGAAUCAGUAGAGAGCAGACAUUUUUGUCAUAAUAUUUUUAAAUAUCUUCGAGAUCGACAACGAUGCGAUUGCCGAACGAUUUCUCCUUCUUUGUCGUUGAACGAUCGAGAGAAAGAGAGUAUCGAUCGGUUACGAAUUUUAAACAAACUCUCCGACAAAUUUCAACGAUCGCAACAAGCAUCACAACAACAACAAAAACAAGAAGGACAAAGACAAGAAGAACAGCAUUUAAUGAUGGCGAAGAUGACGAUGACGGUGAACGGAAGAGAUAUAUCCAAGGACGAAAAUUUCGUUCCCCGCAUCUUGGACGUUAAUAAUCAACAAGCAAGCAGUGCACCUAAUCCUUCAGGCUCAGACGAGAUCGACUGGGAUAUGUGGUGCAUGGCUCAGUGCAACAUCGGCCACGGAGGAAGUGCCUGCAAUUGUGACAUCAUUCCUUGAAAUUGUUGGUUUUGUUUUUUCUUCCCUUUUUUUCUACCUUCCUUCCUCUUUUUCUUCUCUUUUUCCGUUUUUUUUUGUUCUCUUCUUUUCGAUGACGAGCGAUGACGAACUCCUUUCCUUUUUAUUUUAUUUUUUUCUAUUAUUUUCGAUGAAUAACAACUAUAGAACACGGCAAGUUUCUAUUUUGCCCAAUCGAGAGCCAGACGAAUUUACAUAUCUCCUAGAUGAUAUAUAGGCGUGUCUAGGUCAGUCAUGUUCGAUCAUACGUGACCAUUAGAAUCUUAAUUGAGAACGAUGUUCUUCUAUAUACAUACACACACAUAUAUAUAUAAACAUAUAUAUAUAUGUACAUAUAUAUACACACACAUACAUAUAUAUGUUGUACGUAGGUUUAUUAAUUAAUUAAUUAUAAUUAAACAAUUGAUGUAUAACUUUUUAAGGAUAUACAAAAAAUUUCUUUCUUUUUCUCUCCUUUAAAAUAUCGUCUCGUUCUAUGUUUUCUUUUCCUUUUCAUUUCUUUUUGUCCUCUUUCUCUCUCCCUCUCUCUCUCUCUCUCUCUCUCUCUCUCUCUCUCUCUCUCUCUCUCUCUCCUUUUUUCUCUUUUUCGAUAUAAUCGAAUGUUCAAAAUGUAUAAUAUACUUCGAAGAUCAUCGUUCAUACAUACAUCAUUUAUUAUCUCAUUCGAGCUUUUAUUAAUAGAUGUAUAAAAUGAAAAAUCUUCGAUAUAUAAUAACUUAAAUUUUAUAAAUAUCUAUUCCGAGGUAAUAGUUUGUUAUCGGGGUAUAAGAAGAUUUUUACUUAAAUUUAUAUCGUAUAUCGCUUAUUAUUUAAUCGCAUUUUAGAUCGGUAAGAAUGUUAAGAUCGCUGGGUCGAGUUCACACGAUAAAGAAAAAUCAAAAAAAAAAAAAAAAGAAAGAAAGACAAACACGUUAUAGGUGGAAAAAUCCACGGUCUUUCGAAAUUUGUUUGUUCAUUAGUUUUCUUCUUUUUUCUUUUUCUUUUCUUCUUUUUUUUGGACGAUAUCCGAUGAAAUUUUCGCAUAUGAAAUUUUAAGCGUGUGAACACGACUUUGGUGUGAGAUGUGUGUAUUAUGCAAUAAAUGAUAUUUAUGUAAUAUGCGAGGUUUGUAACACGGCAAACGUAGGUUACAUGUUCUCGCGCGAUAAAAUUGUUUAAUAAUAAUUAUUAUCGUAUAUUGUCGUUUUUAGCUUUUACACGAAAUACAUUUCGACUAUUUUUAAUUAGAUACCUAAUAUAAUACAACGUUAGUAUAGUGUAUAUAGUUUUAAGAUUAAAAUUUAGGAAAACGAAUGAUAACAAAAUCGAAGUCUUCCAAUUAAACAAAUUCAUUUGCGAUUAAUUAAGUUGAUUCUUAAUAAGCGUAGAGGCUAAUUCAUCCACCUAAUACGUGUUAUCGUUGAUAAUGAUAAGGAAAAAAAUUGUCUUCGUAUUUUCUUCGGCGAAGGAAAUGAAUCCUUUUGUGUCUCCUCUUUCUCUUUCUCUUUCUAUCUAUAUAACUAUCUAUCUAUCUAUUUGUCUAUCUAUCUUAUCCUGUUUCUCUCUUUCUGUCUCUCUCUUUCUCUCCCUCUCUCUUUCUCCUUCUCCAUCUCUUUCCUUCUAUGGCAAGAAGUAAUCUUAUACAUGAGAUAAGAAAACUAUACAGCAAUAUGUUAGUUAAUCUUGCGCCGUUAAAAAAGAAGUUGUGACGCGACAAUAAGACGUAGAUUUUAGAAUGCCUAUAUACAAUGUAACGGUACCAUCUUCGUAUUUUUGACGAUCGCGAAUUUUUAUAGUACAUAAGUAUGUGUAUACAUGUUUGCGUUCAAUUUUUUUUUUAUAUAAUUAUAAAAGAAACUAAGGAGUUCGUAGACAUAAUCGCAAAAAUCUUUGUUUUUAUAACUAACAUUAUAUUGCUUGCAAAUUUUAUUUAUGUAACAAAUGUUCAAAAUUAUUUUAUUAACUCAUGUAACAAACUUUUUAUCGGUGACUAUUCGAAGGUUAAUUUUUUUAUCUAUUGUUUUACACGAUGCGAUCGCUAGAAAUAGGCCGAAGGUAGAGAUCCAAUAAUUCAUUAGUUGGGCUAUUAUAUCUUUAAGCAAAUUUGUAAAUAUUCAUACAUUCUAUUAUUAAAAAAAAAAAAAAAAUAGAAUGAUUUGAAAAGGAGAUAAAACGGGGUACCAAAUUAUAUUUAGGAAAUAUAUAUAUAAUAUAUAUAUAUAUAUAUUUAUAUAUAUAUAUAUAUUAAAAUUUACAAUCAUAUCGUAAUAUUAAUACGUGAUAUAUAAUAUAAUAUUAAAUAACUUUAAAUUUAAUCGCAAACGUAACGAUAAAAUUAAUGAUAUGAAUAAAUUCAUCAGUAAACAA